AUGUGGCAGAGCCGUCACUCAAACCGCACUAACACCAAGCCGCCACACUCAAACCGCACUACCACCAAGCCGUCGUCGCAGAGCCACCCCAACCUGAACACCGAAUCGCAGAAACAAAACCCUAGCCGCUGCGACUACCACGCUCAUCACCAUCAACACGCAAGCUUCUUCAUCCGGCAACCAUGGCAGCCCAAAGCGCCGUCACCACCAUCCUCGCUGGCAACUGUCCUCUCCAACGCGUCAUCAACGCCCAAGCCGUCAUUGCAUAACCACCAUCUCGCACCUUCAUCUUCUCCAACAAAACCACCACAACGCCGCCACAUCACUCCGUCACCACGACCCAAAAUUGCGGAAGCUUCGAGCCUCACUCACGUAGACCAUCAUCGUGAGGUCGCCAUCAACACCUCGUCAUCCUCCAAGCUCGUAUCGGACCACCACCAUGAGCAGCGCCUCUUCUUCAUUCAUGCGCAACCAUGGCCAUCUUCCAUUGAUGCUUCGUGCCGCCAUCCUCACCACCUGCACUCAGAAAAAUCAAAGGACCAACAACCAUCACACACACAGAGACCCAAUUCGAAGAAACCCUUCGAACUCUGA